AUGGCAGCGCCAAAGGAGAUAGUUCCACUUUUGGUUGUUAAAACAGAAGAGCCUGUGCCUGCUCUAGCUGUUGUUGAGGCAAACGACCAACGUAAGCAGUUGGUACUGGACAAGAACUUGGAAGAUGUCAAAGUGCUCAAGAACAACCAUGACACAGAGCUACAAGAAAAGUUACCCUAUCCCAUAUCAGUACUCUUCAUUAUCAGUUGUGAGUUCUGCGAACGUUUCAACUACCUCGGCAUGCGUACUGUGCUAGUGUUUUACCUUAGCCGUCACUUGGGCUACACGGACGAUGCGGCCACCAUUUUGUUUCACAUGUGCGCCAUGUUUUCCUUUAUGCUGUGCAUCCUUGGCGCCAUCAUAGCGGACUCUUGGCUAGGCAAGUUCAAAACCAUUUUGUACCUCAGCAUGGUCUACAUAUGUGGCUGCACUUUACUGACGCUGGGUGCCAUAGGACCACUGCAACUGCCUGCCAAUACAUUUACCCUAGUGGGACUAUUUUGUAUUUCGCUGGGCGCUGGAGGCAUAAAACCCUGCGUGGCCAGCUUUGGCGGCGAUCAGUUUAAGAUGCCGCAACAGCUAAAACAACUUACAGCGUUCUUCUCGCUCUUCUACUUUGCCAUCAAUGCGGGCUCCUUCGUAUCGGUGAGCAUAACGCCCAUUUUGCGUGAGGAUGUGCAUUGCUUUGGAGAGUUGAGCUGUUAUCCCUUGGCCUUUGGCGUGCCUGCAGUGCUUAUGGUUAUGGCCCUUGUUGUAUUUCUGCUAGGCAGCAGGCUGUACAUAAUCAAGCCAGCUGCAGGUAAUAUAGUGGUCAAUGUAAGUCGCACCAUAUGGACAGCGGUGAAAACCAAAUGGCAGCAGCGUCAUUUAAAGUCGCGUGCCCACUGGCUGGACUAUGCUGAUGAACAGCAUGAGCCGCAAAUGAUAGCGGAUGUUAAAGUGCUACUACGUGUGCUUUAUCUUUUUUUACCCAUGCCCCUCUUCUGGGCCCUAUUCGAUCAGCAAGGCUCACGCUGGACAUUCCAGGCGGCGCGCAUGGAUGGCGACGUUGGCUCCUGGCGCAUCAAACCCGAUCAGUUUCAUAUAGUAAACCCAUUAUUAAUUCUAGUGCUAAUUGCGCUCAAGGAUGUGCUUAUGAAUCCAGUGCUAAAGUUUCUGCAUCUCAGCCGCCCGCUACAGAAACUAAGUCUGGGUGGGAUUUUAGCUGGCGUAGCGUUUAUCUGCUCUGGCCUACUGGAACUCCAAAUGGAGCAACACAAUCCAACGCUGCCCUACGAGAAUAAUAUACAACUACGGAUCUUUAAUACUCAAAAUUGCACCUACGAAUUCUCUAGCAAUCUCUACAACAACAGUGUGAAGCUGCUGCCGUAUAGCGUAUAUACAGAUAAAAAUAUACACGUGCCGUCAGUUUAUGAUCUAACAUACACUCUCAUUUCUGCAGACUCUAGUUGUCCAGUCUUUGAGGCUGGAAGGCAGCAGCUCACCCACAAGCACGCCUGGUCCUUAAUACUCAAUGCACGCAACACCAGCAGUUCGAGUUUUUGGACCAGCGACUUUGUCAACAAACCUCGCGAUACUUAUCCGCAAGUCCGCAGCAUUGCCAAUACGAAGCAGACAAGUUCCAUCCGCUGGCAAAGCAGCAAGGAACACUUUAUACAGGCAGCCAAUGAGACCAAACUUAUGCGUAUGGCUGCGCGUAACUAUUUAGUAUACAUAGAUGAUAUCGCUGUCCAAGGCUAUGAGUUGAGACAAGGCGGUGUCUACACUUUGCUAAUCAAUGAACUACAGCCUGGCAGUUACUAUACCAAGCUGGUAGAAGUCACUGCACCCAAUGAGCUGAGCAUGCUCUGGCAGCUGCCGCAAUAUGUUUUCAUCACCCUAGCAGAGGUUUUGAUUGCUGUCACAGGCUUGGAGUUCUCCUAUUCUCAGGCACCCCCUAGCAUGAAGGCUGUGCUGCAAGCCUGUUGGUUGCUAACCAUUGGAUUCGGUAAUGUUGUUGUUGUGAUCAUAGCUAAGGUGAAGAUGUUCGACAGGCAAUCGUAUGAAUUCUUCUUCUUUUCCAUCUUAAUGUUUAUCGAUAUGUUGAUAUUCAUGUGGAUUGCUCACAAGUAUAAGCCAAAUAUGCAGACCGAGAAGCAUGAAGAUGCUGACAGCUCGAAGAAUAAUGUGGAGAAGACCGCAAAGUACUUGGAGUGAAAUUUUCAGUGUGAAAGUAACAACAAUUAAUUUUGAAUAACUGCGGAAGUGUCUGCCAAGUCAGACACUCCUCUGCAGACCUAAGCGUGUUCAAGUGGCCUUCGACUUCCCGUUUGCUGCGCGAAUGUCCUGUCAAUGAGAACUAAAUGUGAAACUGAGAACAGUUUAUUGCUCUAAGCGCUCAAUGAGCAACUAAUAAAUCUUCAGCUCAUGGUUAAGUUUUAUUAAAAUAAAGAUU